UCGCCGCUCUCAAAAAUAUAACGCCGAACAUGUGGCAUUCAGGUCGACUUGUGGCUUAUCACUCCUCCACGUCCAAUGUCCACUAGAUCCUUAGGACUCGGCGUAGCUCUGCUCGAGGACAGUCAUUCGGUCACAUCAUGUGGGCGAGUAAGCUGUUUACCAUCUUGGCUGCCGCGUCCUUGGUGCUGGGAUCCAAAACACCUGCUCUGGGUAUCAAGCAGGGUAAGAUAGCCAUCACAUCACCGGAUGGACUCCAUGAUGCAACAUACCCCCUGGAACCGCCAACAUCGCUGAGCCAGCCUAUCGUCCUCUCCGAAGGAUCCACGCUCAAGCUCACUUUCAACUCGGUGGACAAGGCUUCAGGCAACGCUGUCUUCCCGCAACAGGCCCACCUAUUGUUUGAGGACUCCAAAGGCGGCGAGGACGUCACACUUCCCGUGUCGGUCAAGAGCAACGGCCGAGCGAGCUGGACCUUUAACACUGCCAAACCCAUCUCCGCCUUGACUCACACUCACGGCCCAUUGCAUCUCACUCUGCUCCUAUCCGCACUUGACUCCCAUACACCUCUCCACUAUCCCAUUGGCGAACUUCAACUUCCUUCCUCCAUUCUCAAAGCGCCUCUGCGCAGGCGUCACGACCUUCCACCACGCCAGGGUGAACCAGCAUUCCAGCCUCAGCAAGAGCUCUUCCACACUUUUAACCAGGGUGAAAAGAGUGUCGGCUUCAUCAAGAGUGCUCUAGGUACUGGAGUCGUGCUGUCUCCCUGGGGUGUGCUCUUGGGGCUCUACUCUCAAAUCUCGCCAAAACUCGACUACAAAACGCCACCAUCCUCCGCGUACCUCUUCCUCGUCAGUUUAGCAGCCCUAGAAGCCCUCAUCUUUGUUUACUGGGUCGGUCUCCGUCUCUACCAGCUAUUACCCAUGUUCAUCUUGCUGGCGUUGGUGUCUGCGUACACUGGCAAGGUCGCACUGAAAGCUCUGCGCUCACAAUCCGCACGGUAGUCCGGCUGAGUCAGAUAAAAUGCAUUGAUCAUAACUGUGGAAGCAGCUGGGGGGUCUUGAAUCCAAAAAGAGGCAUAAUAAAGUACGGCCGAGAGUUGUGCCGAAAGAUCUAUCUAUUAUAAUAAAUUGUUGGACGAGGUCAUC